AUGGGAUUUCAAGUCGGAGGGAAUUUAGGGUCGGAUGCCUUGAAGAAGAAGUUACCUAUCUGGGUUAUAGAUAGAAAUCUGAAUGGUCUAAUGGAAAUAGUGCAACAAAUGAAGACUAUACAGAAGAAUGCUUUCAAGAAGCGGUAUGGGAACUUAUUGAGGUUGUUGAAUGUGGAAGUCCAAGCAUCGGCAGUCACCGCUUUGGCCCAAUAUUAUGAUCCGCCGCUCAAAUGUUUCACCUUCCAGGAUUUUCAGUUGGCACCAGUAGUAGAAGAGUUUGAGCAGAUUUUGGGUUUGUCAGUGGAAGAUAAAGUCCCUUAUAGAUAUUCCGAGCAACGAGCAUCUAUCUCUACCUUGGCAGGAAUCUUGAAGGUACACCCUACUGAGCUAGAGAGUAAAAUGGCCUCCAAGGGAAACUCGAAGGGGAUCCCCCAAGGAUAUUUAGAAGGGCACUUGCGUCGUUUGGCUGAGAAAGAGAUAGGGGAGACGUUCAUGGAUGUGUUGGCUCUCACACUAUAUGGAGUCGUGCUCUUCCCUAACAUGGAGAAUUUUGUUGAUCAAGCAGCCAUCGAUGUGUUUUUCACUUACAAGAUUCAUUCAGAAAGCCCAGUCACUGCGGUUCUAGCUGAUGUGUACGGGGGUUUGAAUUUGUGCUACUCACUCAAGAGGAAGAAAAUGUUAUGUUGUGUACCUAUAUUGUAUGUAUGGUUUAUAUCCCGAGUCCGCUUGGAUACAGUAAAUGCUGAAUGUCAGAUUGGGGAAUUGCCACAUGGUGACGUUGAAAUUCGAGGGGCGAAAGAAUGGGCCCAAUUCUAUGCAGGUUUGAAUGGGGGAAAGAUUAGAUGGUGUGUCCCUGGGCUGCCCAAGUCGCAUGUCAUUUCUUGUGGGGAUUUCCCUAACGUCCCUAUGAUAGGCACCAGAAGUUGUGUGAAUUAUAAUCCUGUUUUGGCUCAACGACAGUUUGGGUGUCCAAUUAAGAGCUCUCUAACUCCAGAAUCUCUGGUUGCCAUAUGGACUUAUUAUGAAGAAGGAAUUUCUCAAGAUCUAAUUCGACGAGUUAGGAGUGCCUGGGGUGAGGUUCUACGCGCAGAAAAAGACCCAAGGCCAUGGGUAAUAGACGGGAAGAUAUCUUACCGACAAUGGAUUCUGGAAAGGGUUAAUGUGAUCAAGUUACCCUUCAAAUCGGACUCUCCUACUCCGGAGCAAUUGGAACUUGCUGAGUCUGAGGAGGUGAAAGGGCUAAAAGAAGAGAUGGAGAAGAUGAAACUAAAAAAUGCCAAAUUAAUUAACGAGCUUCAAAGUCUCCGACAUGAGUAUGUGGAUCUGAGGCGUGAUAAUGAGGAAAUGGUAAAGGCGUAUGAAGGGAUUCUUAGGCAACAAAGAGAAGAACGAGAUCAUGCUUUCAGAGUGAAACAGGAUUUGGCCGCAACAAGCAUCGCAUUAAAAUCAAGGGACCGAGAGAGAUGCAGCAACAACAUCUAA